AUGUUGCAAAAGAGAGAAAUUGGGACAAAUCGGAAACCUUGUUUUUCAAAUGGAGAUUGCACUGCUAUUAGCACUCUGUAUAUUCCUAAUACAAUGAAGAGAGUUGCUUGCUAUAGGAAUAAAGCAUUUUGUGGUACUUAUUCUAAGGAUGGUAAUAUAUUCUUGACUGCUGCUCAAGAUCAAUAUAUUCGUGUUUAUGACACAACAAAUGAUGGAUUUCAACAUAUUAAAUCAAUUCGAGCCAGAGAUGUUGGUUGGAGUAUUUUGGAUACAGCCUUCAGUCCUGAUGGAAAUUAUCUGAUAUACUCCAGCUGGUCAGAUUGCAUUCAUCUUUGUAAUUUACAAGGAGACAGAGAAACCCACGAAGCACUUCCUUUAUUUCCUGGUCAAAGCAGCUUUUGCAUAUUUUCAUUGACAUUUUCUUUGGAUAAUAAGGAAAUUCUGGGAGGUGCAAAUUGUGGUUGCUUUUAUAUAUACGAUAGAGGAAGUAAUCAAAAGGUGUUAACUAUUGAAGCCCACGAUGAUGACGUAAAUGCAGUUGCUUUUGCAGAUGAAAAUUCGCAAAUUCUCUUCACUGGUGGUGAUGAUGGACUUUGCAAGGCAACAAAAGCUGCUGUUACAGAUCAAAGAUGGGAUUAUCGAUGGCAACCAGUUCCACGAAAAAUGGCACGAAUACAAACUUUGGUAGGAGAUGCAUCUGUGAUGACUUACCAAGGUCACAGUGUUCUUCACACAUUGAUUCGUAGUAAAUUCUCUCCCGCAUUUACAACUGGUCAGAGGUAUAUCUAUACAGGGUGUGCAACCGGAAGUGCUUGUAUUUAUGAUGUCCUGUCUGGAAAAAUUGUGAAAAGAUUGACUAAUGGCCACAGUACUUGUGUACGAGACAUUUCUUGGCACCCAACUAACAACAUAAUUAUCACAACAUCGUGGGAUUCAACAAUUGGUCAAUGGAGUUACAUUCGAUCCUCUCAACUCUACGACUCAGAUGAAAAUGACAGCAGUGAGGAAUCAUAUUCUGGCAAUUCAGACUGUGAGGCUAUGUGCAAACCUCGAAGAAGCCAACGAUUAAAAGCCAAAAAACGUCGUCAACUCAGAGAAGAUUCUAUGUUAUCACGAAAAUUAUUUGAUUAA